CAGUGUUGGGCAUCUUGGUAAACUCUUCUCCAGCAGUGGUUAGUUGUCAAGGAGUGUGUCAAGGUUUCGUGCCAGAAAUGCGUGUCCUUUCGGUGGCUGCCUUCGGGCUCGUGUGCGUCCUGGCGUUGGUCGGUGCGGUCGGUACCGAGAUCGAGGAUGAAACGCAACGCAACACACCGACGUCCGCCAACAUGAACAGUUACGUCGACGUGAUUAUGAUCCAGGUGGGACCGUGGAUGAACCAGAAUCUCGUUCCCAUGGCGCUGCCCGAUAUCGUGGAAGGAUUCGAGCACCGCCCCAUUCUGAUCACCUACCACGGCGAGCUGGCCCUCACGAACGGCGUCUUCCACACGAUCCACAGCGUGGGGCGCGACGGGAACGCCAUGAUGCACUACGAUCGCCAACUGCUGCGCGUGACCGUCGGUGGCAACAUCCGUCAACUGGGCUUCACCUACGCCUACUCGGCACACAUCAUGGACCUGGGUCCGAGCGGAUUCGUUGACGUCGACGUCGCUACGAUGACGUUCGCCAGCGAGUUCAUCAUCGAUCUGACGGAUUUCCACAUCUGGAUGCAGGACUUCCGGCUCACCAACAUGGGCAAUCUAAACAUCCGCUUCCGUGGCAACAUUCUCGUCGACUGGCUGCUCAACAUUUUCGUCAGCGUCAUCACGACCAUCUUCCGGAACACGAUCACCACCGUCGUCUCGAACGGAGUGCGCGAUUUCCUGCAGGCCACCAUCGACAGCAUGAACGCUGGGCUGCAGGGAGGCGGCCGGGCCGUCAGCGAACAGGACGUGGUCGUGUUGGUGGAAAAUCUGAAAAAAGUGCUCAUCAACUAGAGCAAAUAGAUGGCGACGGACGGCGGCUACCAUCAGCAGCAGCAACGAGUGACCUGAUGUCGUCGUCGGAAGGCGAUGAUUUCGUUUUUUUUGUCGCCGUUGCAAUCGAUGAAGCACUUUCUAGGGUUUUCGAUCCACAUUUCGUGGUUAUACUUUUACUAUCGGUUUACGAAUAAAUGAGUUGCAGUGAGUUGAACGUU